AUGAGGAGCUUUUGGGCCUUGCCCGCUCUUCUGCAGGUGGCGGUCGCUGCGCAGAAGUCGUUCAGCGUGCAAGACGACGUUCUCGCCUUCCCUCAGUUCUCGGUCAACUUCCCCGAAGGCCAUGUUUCGACCCUGCAGGCUCAGGAGAAACUCGAAUCCAUCUCCGACGACCCCGACCUCUCCCACUUGGACACGGAUGCACCUCAGCCCGACAAGCCGCAAUAUGACUACGAGGAACUCGUGCUAGCAAACCAACACUACUUGUGUCAGAUUCCACGCCUACUCGAUCAACCGCCCUCACCACAACCCAACGAGACGCUAUCCAAGCAGGACCACGAGAAAGAGCUGGCUCGCGCAAACACUAGGGGCUGGCAGUUGCUCAAGGGAAUGCAAGGCAAUUGCAUCUACUACUGGAGCGGCUGGUGGAGCUAUAGAUAUUGCUACGCUCAGGGUGUCAAGCAGUUCCAUCAACUACCGCCCUCUCAAGGCGUCCCUGCUUACCCUCCUGUCGAGGACCCUGCUGUACCCGGUUUCAUGCUUGGUGCUGUCCCAGACCAACCACGCCACGACGAUCAAGGACCCCUCGCCGACGAAAAAGCUGUAGGCAAGCUUGAGACGCGUGGCGAGAGCAGAUAUCUUGUACAGCGCCUCGCUGGCGGCACCACCUGCGACCUGACGGGCAGAGAGCGACGCAUCGAAGUUCAAUUCCAUUGCAACCCGGCCACCGCAGACCGCAUCUCGCUCAUCAAGGAGGUCGCGACCUGCGCCUAUCUCAUGGUCAUCCAGACUCCGCAUCAAGUCCCUGAAUAUGAAGCUGCUGUUGCCGCUGCUUCCGACAUGCUCGCGAACGACAUGCCCAAUCCAUUGGCUGGUUCGCAGUCCAAAGCCCCUGUGGUUAUUGGUGGUAUUACCGUUGGUGCUCACAAAUGGGUCCCUGAAGGCAGCAAGAUUGAGAAGUCGUCCAUUGUGGGAGGCACCAAGGACAAGUUUGUCGAGACCAUCGCCGACAGCUUCGGCAAGGCCAUGUCUGCAGACGACCUGAAGAGGCUCGGCCUUGGUGAUGCAAAGAGUGUCGAGGCGUUAAAGAAGGAAUUGGAAAAGAUCGCAGGCGGUCAAGGCUGGGAGCUCAAAGUCUUUGACACGCCAGACGGACGCGAAUACAGAGGUAUUCUGCUGGGCGAUGAGGAAUCAGACUCGGUUCGGAAAGAAGACGCCGAGACGACCGGUGUGAAGAAAGUCGAGUCCAAGCCCGGCGACGAUGUGCCCUCUGAUGACGACCAGGUGCCAGAGGGCACUGAAGAGACGUACAAAGACGAGCUCUGA